CAGGAUUUCGGCAGUAUGACGAAGAAGGACAUGGUGGUGUCUCUGGGCUGCUUCGCAUUGUUCGCUAUCACUCAGCAGAUAGCUGGAACAUGCGUAGACGCCAACCUGCUGACGGACUUGCUGUUGUGCCAGCACGACUACGUUGACAACAAGUAUCUCUUGCUUCAAGAGUUGGACAACGUCAAGACACGGGACGAUAUCAUCAAGAUGAUGGAAGAUUUUAAGAGCUGCGUGGGAACAACGCCGGAUCAGGUGCCGCCGGGGCCCGGCGACAUGGAGGUAAUGAAGAUCUUCGUGAGGCCGUUGAAGAAGCUACGAGCUUACAUAGAAGCUGUGACCGCGCUACCUGAAUAUAUUACAAUAAAAGGGCUAUGAAAUAAAGAGAAUGAAGAU